GCAGGGCGCUAGCUUCCUUCGCCGCAUCCUCGCCAAGAGCGAAACAGAGUCCCAGGUGUAGCAGAGCAAUGGCGUCGCAGCAGUUCCCGCCGCAGAAGCAGGACUCGCAGCCCGGCAAGGAGCACCUCAUGGAACCCCGUCCAGAGGCCAUCAUCAAGAACUACAAAGCCGCCAACAAGCUCCAGGGCAAGGUGGCGCUGGUGACCGGCGGCGACUCGGGCAUCGGGCGCGCGGUGUGUCUGUGCUUCGCAAUGGAGGGCGCCACGGUGGCCUUCACGUACCUCAAGGGGCACGAGGACAAGGACGCGGAGGAGACCCUGCACGCGCUCCGCGACAUCAAGUCCCGAGUCGGCAGCGGCGCGGGCGACCCCAUGGCGCUCCCCGCCGACCUGGGCUACGAGGAGAACUGCCGCAAGGUCGUCGAAGAGGUCGCCAACGCGCACGGCGGCCGCAUCGACAUCCUGGUGAACAACGCGGCGGAGCAGUACGUGCGGCCGUGCAUCACGGACAUCACGGAGCAGGACCUGGACCGGGUGUUCCGCACCAACAUCUACUCCUUCUUCUUCAUGGCCAAGUACGCGGUGAAGCGCAUGAAGGAGCGCGGCGGCGGCGGGAGCAUCAUCAACACCACCUCCGUCAACGCGUACAAGGGCAACACCACGCUGCUGGACUACACGGCCACCAAGGGCGCCAUCGUGGCCUUCACGCGCGCGUUGUCGAUGCAGCUGGCGGAGCAGGGGAUCCGGGUCAACGGCGUCGCGCCGGGGCCCAUCUGGACGCCGCUGAUCCCGGCGUCGUUCCCGGAGGAGAAGGUGAAGCAGUUCGGGUCGGAGGUGCCCAUGAAGCGCGCGGGCCAGCCCAGCGAGGUCGCGCCAUGCUUCGUCUUCCUCGCCAGCGAGCAGGACUCCUCCUACAUGUCCGGCCAGGUCCUCCACCCCAACGGUGGCGUCGUCGUCAAUGGCUGAAGGUCGGAGAAGAUCACCAGGAGAAGGGCCAAGUGAUAGUGGCGUUUUAAGAUGGGUAGCAAGUGUGCUGUGUGACUGUCUAGGCUGUGUAGCGAAGUGUCGGUAGUACGUGUCAGUUGUCCGUGUUGUGUACUGUUUA